AUGGAGAGAAGUCAGGAGAGAGAUGGCGGCGAGGGGGUGGCCGGGCAGGAGCCGGGUGCUGGGAGGCUGAGGCUGAGGAGGGAGAUCGGGCUGUGGAGCGGCGUGUCCCUGAUCGUCGGCAGCAUGGUCGGCUCUGGCAUCUUCAUGUCACCACAGGGGAUCUUGGUCUACAUGGGCAGCCCCGGGGCCAGUCUUGUGGUCUGGGCCGUCUGCGGCCUCCUGGCCACUCUGAGUGCCCUGUGCUUCGCCGAGCUGGGGGCCCUGGUUCCCGAAUCCGGGGGGGAGUAUGCUUACAUCCUGCACACCUUUGGCUCCUUGCCAGCCUUCCUGGUCAUCUACACGUUCGUGCUGGUGAGCCGCCCAGCCUCCAUCGCUGCCAUCUCUCUGAGCUUCGCCGAGUAUGCGGUGGCCCCCUUUUACCCCGGCUGCUCCUCCCUGCCCCCGGCGGUGCUCAAGAGCAUGGCGGUCGCUUGCAUCCUGCUGCUGCUGCUGGUGAACGGCUGGAGCACGAAGCUGGCCACCCAGCUGAACGACGUGUGCACAGCCGCCAAGGUGUUCUCCUUGCUGGUCAUCGUGGCGGGCGGCGCGGCGGUGCUGGGCCAGGGCCGCGGCCGCCCCGAAGCCCUCCCGGCUGCCUUCCACAACACGACGCGGCAGACCGGGCGUAUCAGCGUGGCCUUCUACCAAGGCCUGUGGUCCUUCGACGGCUGGAAUACCCUCAACUAUGUGUUGGAGGAGCUCAAGAACCCACAAGACAGGGCAGGGCAGGACAGAGGCUUGGACACAAUGAAGCAGAUGUGCUUGUUGGGGCUCUGCCGCCACUUGCUGCUGGAGUUCAGGAAAGGAGACCACUAUGAGGCAGAGCAACCUAGGCAUCUGCCCGUGUGUGUGUCCAUGCGGUGGGUCUCUGAGCUCAUGGAGGAGGGGCACAUGGCCUGCGUGGCCCCAGGCCCUGGCACCGGCCCUGCAGCCGGGAUGAGCUCAGUGCUGUGCUCAGGGGCCUGGGAAGGACCUCACGGGCUAACAUAUGGACUCCUCUCUCCGACUGUACAGCAGAACCUGGUGUGGGCGCUGAUGAUCGCCAUUCCCCUGGUCACGGGCCUGUACAUCCUGGUCAACAUCAGUUACCUGCUAGUGUUGUCACCCAACGAAAUCCUCUCCACUGACGCUGUGGCCGUGAGCUGGGGGAACCAGGUUCUGGGGGCCUGGGCCUGGCUGGUGCCUUUGGCUGUGGCACUCUCGACAUUUGGCUCUGCCCAUGGGACGUUCUUCAGCGGAAGCCGUGUGUGCUACGUGGCUGCAAGAGAAGGCCACAUGCCCGGACUUCUGUCCAUGGUUCACACCCGUCGCCUCACACCGACUCCGGCUCUGGUGUUCACCACGGCAGUGACUUUGGUCCUGGUCCUCUCAGGGAACUUCAGCAACAUCGUGAACUCCUUCAGGCAACUUCCUUGCCUGGGUCACCUACGGAACUACCAUCAGCUGUCUCCUGUACUUGCGGAUGAAGAAGAAGAGCCUACCCCGACCUUACAAGGUGAGGUAUCAUAUCCAGGCAGGGACUGGAGGGGAGGAGCUGGUGGCAGGUGGAAGCAACAGGAAGGCAGGCAGGAGGCACAGAGUCCAGGGACCACAUACCGCCUCCCGCGCACCUCUCACCAUCCAGGGCUCUGCCCAUUGCAGGUCCCCACCAUCGUCCCCAUCGUCGCGCUCCUUGCUUCUCUCUACCUGGUGCUGGCACCCAUCAUCGACCAUCCGCAGAUCGAGUUCCUCUACAUCUUCCUGCUCCUGCUCAGCGGAUUCCCGGUCUACUUCCUGUUUGUCUACUUCCAGCACCAUCCCAAGUGUUUGCAGACGGCCACCCUGCAUCUCCAGCUGCUCCUGGAAGUUGCUCCAGCCACUAAAAAUGUUGACUAAUCAACCAAAGGACUUGUACGCAAGCAUAUCAGCAUAACCAAAGGGCACAGACAGU